AGAAAGCUGAAGCUGCUGGGUGGAACAACAUCUGGAAGUGUUCGAUCAUCUGGUUGUUUUUUUGUCACCGCUCUGAGGUUUUACAAAUUCAGAUGUCAACAACGUCAACAAGCUGCUAAUAAACUUCUGGAUGUUCUGACACAACAUUGUUGGAGUUGCACGAUGUCUGCUGAGCUUCUACCCAUCAGUGAGCCACAUGGGAACAAUGAAGCUCACGGGGAAAUCCCAGUGGGAGGUAGCAAACCCUUACACCGCUUCUUAAAAGGGCAACCCAAGAUUACUGGCACCAUUGUGCUGAUCAUGGGUGCGAGCUUUGUCGUUGUUUCUGCUGCCAUCACCACGGGUCACUGGAGGGGCUACAUGUGGGCAGUCAUCCCACCUAGCAUAUUCCUGGGAGUACUGUUCAUUGUAAGCGGGAUUCUGUAUAUUCUGACAGCGCACAACCUCACAAAGAAAACAGUGACCAUAUCUUUGGCUCUGAGCAUUGUGACCAUCCUGGGGGCAUGUUGGAGUUUUAUCCGCAUCCUGGGAGACCUCCACUUUUAUAUUGACAUGCAUGAGUAUGAAGUGAUGGGUAUGACCAUAGAAGUGGUGGUUCUGGUCUACAUUGUUGUUGGCACAGUGAUUUUUAUCAUCAUGUCAGUGUUCGCAGGGGUUGCUCUGCGCUCCACAAAAACUCAGGCUGUUGUAGUGGUGAAUAUGACACCAGUGGAAUGACAAGUACAAGAAGAAGAUCUGAAAUUAAGCAGCAAGAAAAAAAAACAAUACAAACAUGUGUCUGUUUAGUUGUAGAUUGCUAAAUAUGAACCACUUUUCUUUAUUGUAUACACAACUAAUGCUACUGAAGUGUAUAUGGUGUGCUGUUAGUUCAGCUACAACCAUGUAACCUCAUAACACUUAACUGUUUUUACAUCUGCGCUCAGAAUCAACAAACUUUACUCCCAGCACAUGUAGUUAACUGCAGCCUGUAGUUAAACAACCUUUGUCCUCUUGUUAUUUGCAGUGCAUGUGAACGUUUGAAGCAGCCCCGUUACUAAAGGAAACAAUUAAACUGAGGGAACACUGACAGUGUAAAGUGAACGUGAAUCAUAACUUGGCAUUUUACUCAUUGUACAUGUAAUGAUACAGUUUAUUGCUUACAGAUAAUUCACACUUAUUUGUUGUUGUUUGUUGUUUUCCUAUUUUAAUAAAAUACAUCUGGUAAUUGUCAGGAUUCUAGGUCUUUGAUCAUGGGUCAAAAACUAUUAACUAAA